AUGCGCGCUCACGGUAUUGCUCUCUUCGUCUUCGUUGUCUUCACAUCGACCUUAUCGACCACCGUCCAAUCCGCGAAGCAAGUCUUCUUUUAUAACGACGUGACCGGUGAGUCACGGUGGGACGAUCCAGACGGUUUGACGACGUAUAGCGAUGACGAGGGGAAGGAAUUCUGGGUCGAUCCGAAUACGGGUGAGUCCACGUACGAGCCUCGAACGAAGUGGAGCUCGCACGAUAGCGAGGACACGGGGGUGAAGUAUUUCUACAACGAAGAGACAAAGGAGAGUACGUGGGAUCGCCCAGAGGAGCUCGCAUGGCGAAGAAUCGAACAGGACGAUGACGACAACGAUAGUCUAUAG